AUGCCCCAUCUCGCCAUCCCGCCGCACUACGCCGCCCACAUCCACUUCACGAACAAGCCGCUCCUCGCCGAGCUGUACGACGCCGAGCUGGGCGGCAUCCCGGCGCCAAUCAGCGCGCGGACCCUCGGCUGCUUGAUGGAUUUCACCAGCGCCAUUGCCAACUACGGCGGCAACGCGGGCAACGUGGCGCCGUUCCUCGCCGACGUGCUCCGUGCUUAUGAUGCCAGUUUGAUGGUGCCAGCCGCGCAGGGUGGCGACGACGAGGAGGACGAGGAGGACGAGGAGGAGGCGGAGGAGGAGGAAGAGGAGGGCGACGACGACACCGACCCCGACGAGAACGACGACAUCUCGCUUAUCUCCGCCGCCACCUCCUCCUCCUCCGCCACCUCCACCACCAGCACAGCCAGCACGACGGCCAACGCGCGCGGGCGCAAGCGUUCUCCCCGCUCCAGCGGCAGCAACGCGGGCAUCCUCGCUGUCCUCGAGAACAUCCGGGACGAGAUCACCGAGCUGCGCGAGGAGCUCGGCGCGCGCGCCGACGCCGCUGCUGCGGCCGCGGCUACGACCAUCGAGGCAGACAACACGCCCGCGUACACUGGCUACACGCCCCCUUGGUCCGUCCGCGCCGUCCAGGCCCAUGAGCGCGCUCAGGUGCAGGCGAACGCCCGCAAUGCGUGCGAGUGUACCCGCUGCGAGGGCGAGUCUGCGCGCCGCCCGACUUACUGGGGCUUUGGGCCUGGCGGUGCCGGGUGGUAG